CUCAAAUGUUUCAUUGAACACUUGGCUCAAAUCGUCUCUUUUUCCAAAACAUCAAUUGCAAUACUAUUCCAAGUGAACCAUCAUGAAAAGGACUGAACCACGAAGACGUCGUAGCUAUCGUGACGACAGUUUUACGGAUGAUGUAUUAGAGAAUCCAACUAAAGAAUUUAAAACUCUAAAAACUACACCUACUAAAAAAUUAAAUACCAACAUCAAAAGAGGAGCUGAUAAAAUACAUUUUCAAAAUGUGCGCUUUGAAAAACAUGUAUCACCAUUAAAUAAAGAUUUGUACAAUGAUGAUGAUAAUGAUGAUAUUGAUGAUGAUCUAGAUGAAGAUUCUGAUGAAGAGGUUGAUGAUGUUGAUGAGGAUGAUGAGCCAAUCAAAUCUAGAGAUGCAAAUAGCAAAAGUAUAUUGUUCAGUUACAUUGUUUUUGUGAUUUUUGCAAUGAUUGUUGUUGUUGGAGCUGCAUAUUAUUUCAAUGCAAAUUCCAGUAUAAACAGCUAUUUUAUAAAAGAUGAACCUGAUCAUCAGGAUAAAGUAAAAUCUAUUUUGGAAGAUGUUAAAAGAAGUUUAAGAAACAUGCGAACAAAGUACAAGAAUCAAGACUAUCAAUUUUGGCAAGAUGCUUAUAUCAGCAUUGCAAAUAUUAUUGAAGCCCCCCACAAGCCAUCGAUAUUACUUUUAAUAGGAGAUAAAGCAGAUCCAACAGAUUGUUUAGCUGUUUUAUUAGGUAACAUUAGUAGUAAUGCUUUGAGAAGUCAUAGUUUACUACUAACUCCAGAAAAAUUCAAAUCAGAUAUGGGAUCUGUAAUAGAAUCAUUACGUGUGAGCAUUCAAGAUAAUAAAGCUGUUAUUAUUUGGGAUUUGUUUAACAUAAACAUUGAAGCUUUAAAGGCAUUUCAUAAUUUAUGUGAUACAGUCAAUCCAUUGGUGGAAGAAGUGAUUUAUAUUAUUACUGUAAUAUCUGAUGAAUAUGAUAAAGAAGAAAGUCCCCUUGAGUUCAUGGAAAGAGAAUUAUACAAAAAAUUAACAGGCAAAAUUAAAGAGGAUGCUAUACAACCUCUCAUAACUAGAAUCACAGAUGGAGCUAUUUUAAGUGUAAAUUCAGAACCAUCAGUUGACGAUUGUCCUUUACCAAAAGCCACAACACUUUAACUGUUUCUAUGAAUUUAACAAAUUUGUGUGUGCUGUUUGCAAUUAGCUUUAGACAUCUAUUGAUUUUAAGGUUGUACAAGGUACAUCUACUAUUAACUGUAUAGCCAAUGCAAAAGUUAAAUUAAGCAAAGGAAUUGAAAAUUUUUAUUAUUGUUAUAUUUUUACACACUUGUGUAGUAAAAAUAUUACUAUGAUUUGUAAAUUGACUUUUUAAAACGAGUGUUUUAAAGUGUAAGCUAUAACUGUAAAAUUAAAACUAAAAAAUGAA